AUGGUGUGGUCCGCGGCGGCCGAGCUGACGGCGCGUGGUGUGAGGGUGAACGCCAUCUCCCCGUAUGCCAUCGCGAUGCCCAUGGGGGCGCGCUCCGUGAUGGAGAUGCUGAGGCUUCCGCCGGGGGGCGCGGACGACGAAGAGUUGAUCAGGCGGCUGUUCGAUGAGGACAUCAACAAGAUGGCCGGCGGCGUGGUGCUGUGCGUGGAGGACGUUGCGAGGGCGGCGGUGUUCCUGGCGUCCGACGAUGCCGGGUACAUCACCGGGCAUAAUCUCAUGGUGGACGGCAGGUUCUCCGUGGGGAAGCCGCUCAACGUCCCGGCACGUUAA